AUGUUGCUUUCAUGUGUGUCCUCUUUUCUGCUUUCGUCUGGCCUCUAUAUUCUCAUUCUCCUUCUCUUCACUAUCACUUUCGUGUCUUCUCUUUCCCCCCUUCUCUCACCUCCUUUUCAACUCUCUCUUUCUCUCUCACACACACACACCUCUCUUGAUUUUCUCUUUUAUAUUGUUCUGCCUGUCCCUCUUUUUUCUCUCUCCUCUCUCGUCUCGCAUGACCCUCUCUUCUCGGACUGUACUCUCCGGCACAGAUCUAUGCCAUCCCGGAACCUCAGCGUGGACGACCUGGCUGAACACCUUCAAGACGGGGUUCGGAGGAGGAAAACGGCCUCGCACCACUUGCCUCAUUCACUUACCCGAAGCAUGCUACAGCCAAGCAUCCAUCAGUUGCUGCCGCAUAAUUCGGACCCAGCCGCUGUAACAGUCCGCCUCCCCCCUCGUUCGGACUCGUGGUGCAUCCAUUCGUGA